AUGAUGUUGAUUAAUGAUGAUGUUGUUAAUGACAAUAAUAAUGAUGAUGAUGAUAAUGAUGAUGAUGAUAAUGAUGGUGGUAAUAAUAUGAUGGUAAUGAUGAUGAGGGUGCCAAUUCCAUAUCGUAGCCAGCUGCAGGAGAAAAUUGAACCUGGGCAAACACUGAUUAUUAAAGGAUCGACAAUUGAUGAAAGUCAACGGUUUACGGUAAAUUUGCACUGCAAAGCAGCAGAUUUUAGUGGAAAUGAUGUACCACUACAUAUUUCAGUCAGAUUUGAUGAAGGCAAAAUUGUAAUGAAUAGUUUUGCGAAUGGAGAAUGGGGUAAAGAAGAACGCAAGAGCCUUCCGUUCAAAAAAGGUACACCUUUCGAUAUUCGAAUUCGAGCACAUGAUGAUAAAUAUCAGAUUUUCUGCGAUCAGAAAGAAUUCAAAGAUUUCGAACACCGCUUACCACUGUCUUCUGUCUCUCAUCUAUCGAUUGAUGGCGAUUUAUAUCUUAAUCAAGUGCAUUGGGGCGGAAAAUAUUAUCCUAUACCUUAUGAAAGUGGUAUUUCACAAGGUUUGAAUGUUGGCAGAACGCUACUAAUAUUCUUAUGCCCGGAGAAGAAGGCAAAACGUUUCAAUAUUAAUUUAUUAAAAAAGAACGGUGAUAUUGCACUACAUUUCAAUCCUCGCUUUGAUGAAAAGUCAGUUACUCGUAACGCUCUUCAAGCUGGCAAUUGGGGUAAUGAGGAGAGAGAAGGCAAGAUACCAUUCGAGAAGGGUGUUGGUGCUGAUGUGAAAAUUGUUAAUGAAGAAUAUGGAUUUCAGAUUUAUGUGAAUGACAUACGAUUUUGUUCAUUUGCACAUCGUUCCGAUCCUCAUGAUAUUACCGGUUUACAAAUUCAUGGAUGUGUAUAUGACAGCGUAUUGAAGGACACAUUAACGAAGCAGAUGGUAGCAAAAACUGUGAUAAUUUUAAUUGAUGCUUGGCAAGAGCAGUUUUUCUAUGGUCGAAAAGCCAUGCAAUUUUUACGCCAGCUAACAAGUAGUGGUCAAGCUGUAGCCUUCAUUGCGCAUGUGCAAACGCCUACUGUAACGAUGCCAAGGAUUAAGGCAGUAACAGCUGGUAUGGUACCUUCAUUUGUCGAUGUGGUGAUGAAUUUUGCGUCCACUUCUAUAUCAAGCGAUAAUAUCAUCGAUCGACUUAAUGAUAAAGGUUACAGAUGUACAUUUUGCGGUGACGAAACAUGGCUCCGCUUAUUUCCCAACCAUUUCGAUAACCAUUCAGUUGGGGUCACAUCAUUCUACGUCAAUGAUUUCAAAGAAAUUGAUGAUAAUGUGACACUCUGCAUGCGUUCACGGCUUGAAAACAAUGCUAUCGAAACAUGGGAUGUGAUGAUUCUGCAUUAUUUGGGACUUGAUCAUAUAGGACACUCUCUGGGUGGCAAACAUAGCGAACUGAAUAGUAAACUUAUUGAAAUGGAUUUCGUUAUCGAAGAAAUCUACAAAAGACUUUACAAAAUAUACAGUACGAACUUUUCCAUAAUUGUAUUUGGUGAUCAUGGAAUGACCGAAGGUGGAAGUCAUGGUGGUUCCUCAGAAUUAGAAACUCAUGUACCUAUUGUUUAUGUUGAUGGAAAAAAACGACGUUCCAGGAGCGAAACGUUGUAUGUAUCAUCGGUUGAACAAGUUGAUAUCGUUCCAACACUGUCAACUCUUUUCAAUGUGGCAAUUCCGAGAGAGAAUCUCGGUGUUACGCUUUUACCUUAUAUUGGCACGGAUCAAUCAAGUUUCUCAAUGCUACUAUUCGUAUUGCGAAACGCCGAACAGUUUUGGAAGCUGGAUAAAACAUCAAACAAGCUAAAUCAUUGUAUCAGUCGUUCUUAUGACAGUUUGCAUAAACACUGUGCAAUGAAUAUUUCUCAAAAUAUUGAUGAAUUGAUUAGAGAAUGCUUGGAAGAAUUACACAAAGUUCAGUCGAAACUUUUACGUAUGGAAACGGAUUUGGACAUUAUACGGAUAAUGGUUGCAAUUGGUCUUUCUUUCAUUAUAUCAUGCAUUUGUGGCUGUUUGGCAUAUUUUACUUAUUCACAUGAUAUUUAUGCCUUUGGAAAUGGAGAUCUCUCAGCACAUUUGGCUAUUUUUACGCAGUUAUUACAUUUUGCUACAUUUUUUGCAUCAAGUUUAAUAGAAGAAGAGCAUGAUUUACAGUAA